GUCCUUCGGGGUGGUGCUGUGGGAGCUGCUGACGGGCGAGAUCCCCUACAAGGACGUGGACUCGUCGGCCAUCAUCUGGGGCGUGGGCAGCAACAGCCUCCACCUGCCCGUGCCCUCCAGCUGCCCCGACGGCUUCAAGGUGCUGCUGCGCCAGUGCUGGAACAGCAAGCCCCGGAACCGACCGUCCUUCCGCCAGAUCCUGCUGCACCUCGACAUCGCCUCGGCCGACGUGCUCUCCACCCCCCAGGAGACCUACUUCAAAUCCCAGGCGGAGUGGCGGGAGGAGGUGAAGCUGCACUUCGAGAAGAUCAAGUCGGAGGGGACGUGUCUGCACCGGCUGGAGGAGGAGCUGAUCAACCGCCGGCGCGAGGAGCUCCGGCACGCGCUGGACAUCCGGGAGCACUACGAGCGCAAGCUGGAGCGCGCCAACAACCUCUACAUGGAGCUCAGUGCCCUCAUGCUGCAGCUGGAGCUCAAGGAGAAGGAGCUGCUCAGGAGGGAGCAGGCGCUGGAGAAGCGCUACCCCGGGCUCUUCAAGCCGCGGGCGCCGCGGGGGCUCCUGCACGGGAACGCCGUCGAGACCCUCAUCAAGAAACGCAACGUCCCCCAGAAGCUCUCGCCCCACGGCAAGAGACCCGACAUCCUGAAGCCAGAGGUGCUGCUGCCCAAGCUGGACGCGGCCAUGGCGCAGGUGGCCCUGCCGGGGUGUCCCAAGGGCCCCCCGUCCCCCGGGCGCAGCCGCCGGGCCAAGGGGCGUCACCGCAAAGCGGGACCCCGGGGGGGUUGCGGGGAGCUGGGCCCCGAGGCCGGAACCCCCCGGGGGCUCCCCGUGCCCCCCGCCACCGCUGCCAGCCCCGACAUCCUCGGGGGCACCCUGGAGGCCGCGGGUGCCCCCCCGGCCACGGUACCUGACGCGGGACCCGAGGGGGCCACGGGCACCCAAGGGUCCCCCCCGCCGCAGCCCCCGACUCCCGGGGAGCCUGAACGGGAGAGCGGGGCCGGCCGGGGGGGGAAAGGGGGGGCCGGGCAGCACCUCACCCCCGCGGCUCUGCUGUACCGGGCGGCCGUCACCCGCGGGCAGAAGCGGGGGGUCUCAUCGGAGGAGGAGGAGGGUGAAGUGGACAGCGAGGUGGAGCUGCCACUGCGGCAGAGGUGGCCCCCGGGGAUGAGCAAGCGCCAGUCGCUGUCGACCUUCAGCUCGGAGAACUUCUCGGAUGGGGACGGGGACGAGGGGCACACGAGCGAGCCCUCCCACAGCGCCACCCCCGACGUGGGCAGCACCAACACGGACGAGCGUCCCGACGACCGCUCCGAGGACCUGCUCUCCCAGGGCUCCGAGAUCCCCCUGGACGCCGCUCCCCCCGAGGGGCCCGGCCGCCGGCACGGGGGGCUCAGCCCCAAGGUCUCCGAGGACUCGGACUGUGACAGCGCAGAGCUCGACCACUCAGGCAGCGGCGAGGGGCCCCCCCGGCCCACAGCCCCCCCGGGCCUGUGACCUGUGUGUGUCCCCCCCUCCACCACCACCACCCCUCACACCCCCACUCCCUGCACCCCCCUCACUUG